CAAGAGGCGAGUCUCGCUGCCGACCACCACUGCACUGGCUGCCGCGGCGCCCGACGUGUCUGGUGAGUCUCCACGUACUCCUUCCAUCAACGUACGGUUGUUCAGCAGACUGCAAGUUUGGUGAAGUUAUUUUGAGAGAAAAGUUCCUUACUUGGCUCGACACCUUCGUCCUUCCACCAUGUUCUGCAGAAGCUUUAGUUGGUUCAUCCGCAUUUUUGUGGCGGUGGCCAUAUUUACUGGCUUCUGUCACCCAGUUCCUGUUACAGAAUCCUAUACCGGAGUCACCUUGCAUACUUUAACAACCGACAACUCAGAAUCGCUCACAGUGGGACGAGUUCAUGAAGUUGAGGAGGCCACGGCCGAGGAUCUUGGCGCCCUGCUGGACGCCGGGGACGGCGCUAUGGUGACUCUGCUGGCCGGGGACACGCGGCUGAUGGCGCACAGGGCUGUCUUGGCCGCCAGGAGUCCCGUGUUUGCGGACAUGUUCCGUCGCGUCACUGUAGAGGGCAGCAGCAGUCAGCUCGUACUCUCAGACACAGAGGGUCCUGUGCUGCGUCAGGUGCUGGCAUACCUGUACACCCUGCAGGUGCCGCAGCUGCCCAGCAUGGCCCCAAAGCUGCUGGUCGCCGCCGACGUAUACGGCCUGUCAGUACUGAAAGCGCACUGUGAGCAACAAGUGGCCGCCCAGCUGUCUGUCGAGACUGCGGCAGCUGCAGGUGUUCUCGCGAUUAGGCAUUCCGCCAACAGGCUGAAGCAGGCCGCCGUCGCCUUCAUAAAGGCCCACUUGCUCCGUGUGAUGGCGACGCAGGGCUGGACUGAGGCUGUAGUCAACGACACACAAACUGUUGUGGAGUUGACUCACCUGAUUGCAGAGACACUGACAGACACCAGCACGCCAAGCGCUGGAGAGAGCAGGACCGGCCCCUCCUCGCAGACGCACAGUGGCCUCAGCGACGACGACCAGAGGCCAGCCACAGCUGUGCCUCCCACCUCUCCCCAGACGACUCCCCAGCCUGGUGACGUAGCCAUCUCUCUCCUGCGGAAUCUUUCUGGAGAACAGAAGGGCGAGAUGCUGAUCGCGGCAGCUAAGGAGGGGUCAGUGAGCGAGCUGCGAACUUUGCUGGCUGUGGGGGCGGACGUGGAGGCUAAGAACGAGAACAGUCAGACUGCACUGCACUUGGCUGCAGCCAUGGGGCACGUGGAGGUGGUGAGGCGUCUGCUGGAGGAAGGAGCAGGCGUUAACGCCAGAGACCGCUGGCAGAACACGCCUCUGCAUCUGGCUGCAUGGAAUGACAAUGUGGCUGUGGUGCAGCUGCUGUCAGCAUCCUCUGCCGACCCCAACGCCAGCGAUAGCAUUGGGAACACACCACUGCACGAUGCGGCACGGCGUGGCCACCCAGAUGUGGCGACUGCGCUACUGAAGGCAGGGGCCGACAGGGAAGUCAGGAAUGACAAUGGGGAGACACCGCUGGACCUAGCCGAGCGGAACAACCACCAGCGGCUCAUAGACAUCCUAGGAUCAAGCUAAAUAUAGUGCAAACGACUCUGGAGUAAAAUAAAAAAAGCCUUCUAUGUGAUCUUUGUCACUUAUAAAAUUAAGAAUACAGAAAAGUUUAUCCUCCA